UAUCAACAGCCGGGCACCUCCCAGUCUCUUCUACUGGGAACUGGGACCACUGGGAAGAUGCCUGUGCAGUUUGAAGCCUUUUGCUCAGGAGGCCUGGUCCCAGGCUGGAGUCUGGUUGUCCAGGGUCAGUCCAACUCCAAAGAUGAUGAGUUUGAAAUCAACUUCUUCUCUGAGUCAGGUGACAUCGCUUUCCACUUCAAACCUCGAUUCUCCAAUGGCACCUUGGUCUGCAACUCCUUCCAGGGCAGUCACUGGGGUGAAGAGGAAACUUACAAUGUCUUCCCUCUGGAGCUAAAGGAGCCAUUUGAGAUUGAAAUCUUUUCAGAUUCGGAGUAUUUCCAUGUCUUCAUCCAAGAGAACAAGGUGGCCCAGUAUGAGCACCGUCAGAAACCUCUGGCCUCCAUCUCCAAAGUGCAAGUGCUGAACGACCUCAGACUGCCGCUGGUGGAGCUCUCCAAGAAGCGCCUUUAUCUGGGAGAUGGGAGGCUCUAACCUUGGUGUUGGAAGGAGAUUCAAGCCCUGGCCUGGACGUCCUAAACAUGCGGAGAGAUCUUCAAGGAUGCUAGAGAGCAGCAGUGCCCACCAGAGAUAGAUCUCUGUGUGUGUGCUUGUGUGUUUGUGUGUACUUUUCUUGACAGGAGAGGCACUUUUGCCAU